AGCACGUACGUCCCAGUCAAGAUAUUGCUUAAAGUCUCGAAUGGAUGGGAUCUGAAGAGAUGGUCGACAUGCAUGCUGGGUCAAACAGGGACUUCUACAAAUGAUCCAGACAGGGACCCAACCUCAUUGAACAGUCGAAAGAAGGCAGGUUUGAAGGUUUGACGAGUGGCAUGACAAUUUGGAUUUGGAGUCGUGGAGAGGAGCUAUCAUGAUGGCACGCGUGAAACGGCACAAUCAAUACACCUGACUGCGCCUUCAGUGGACACCUCCUAGGGUCGAUAGGCUUCUUUGAUGCAGGGGAAACAACGCAAAACUACCGACAUAUCACCUCAAGGGCUUGUCUUCAACGUUCUCUUCCCAAAUAAUUUGUGUACCUGACACGUCCUUCUGUAGCAUUCUUCUUGCAGAGUGGGAUAACUCGACGCCUGGAUAAGGUUUGCGACCGCCGGGUCCGAAAAGACGAGAUAACGGAGCAAUUCAUCCGAAAACGAAAAUUGACAAGCUAUCGCGACGAUCCCCUCCCCCCUCUCCAAAUUUUCGCUUGUCUCCCUCAUUCUGUCACCUCUCUGUCUCGCUUCGUGAUAGAGACUCCAGACAAGAUGUCGACGGACUACGAAAAGAAGGAGCACGAUUCAGACAGCGAGCACGGAGCGACUCAACGCCCUGGUGUUACCGUCCUCGACCCGAAAACUCGCUCGCAAGUUGUGAAGGAGAUUGACGCACAUGUUGGCGUGAAGCGGGUGCAGGCUGCCGAAAAGGUCUAUGGGAGGUAUUCAAAGUGGAUCUUGUUCAUUUCGCUUGGACUUGCUUCGUACAUCUACUCGCUCGACGGACAGACGACAAGCUUUUACUUGACGUUUGCCGCCAGUUCGCUUGGGCAGCACUCGCUCAUUGCAGCCGUUGGCACGGCUCAGUCCAUCAUCAUCGCCGUUGGCAAGCCCGUUAUUGCGAAAGUUGCCGACGUGACAUCUCGUGCAUAUGCAUACCUCGGCGUCCUAUUGUUCUACGUGAUCGGAUAUAUCGUCAUUGCGAGCGCUCGGAACAUUGGGGCUAUUGCUGUUGGGAUCGUUAUAUACGCUGUAGGAUACACUGGGCUACAGCUCCUUACCCAAAUCAUCAUCGCAGACAUAACAACACUUAAAUGGCGUGCCCUCGUUUCUUCGCUGGUCAGCCUUCCAUUCGUCGUCAACGCGUUCAUCGGUGCGAACAUCGCAACUGCCGUCAUCGAGCACAGUAGCUGGCGAUGGGGAUAUGGAAUGUUUGCAAUCCUAGUGCCUGCAACGCUUCUGCCACUAAUCAUUACACUAUUCUGGGCGGAGCGCAAGGCGAGGAAACUUGGUAUUGUUGAGCAGUCGCUCGAAGCGGAUGGCGUUUCAAAAGACGCACUUCCGUUUGAGUCGAAAAAGAGUGUUGUGGAACGUGCAUAUAUUGUGUUUGGUCAACUGGACGUUGUUGGCCUUGUGUUUCUCGGUGCAGCGGUUGCACUCCUCCUCCUUCCUCUUACACUUGCUGAGAAAGCGAAGGGUCGAUGGAAGAACCAGUCAAUGAUUGCGAUGCUUGUCGUCGGAAUUGUGUUCUUCUUCAUCUUUGGUGUAUGGGACCUACGCUAUGCGAAACGACCCGUAGUUGCUCCACGUUUCUUACGCAACCGGUCUGUCGUCCUGGCGAGCUGGAUCGGAUUCUUCGACUUCGUUUCCUAUUAUCUUACAUAUGUAUACCUCUACUCCUUUGUUCUCGUCGUCAAACCAUGGAGUCAACUUGAUGCGACGUAUUUUGCCUCUGCACAAUCUGUUGCGUUGACUGUCUUUGGUAUAACGGCUGGUGCAUCAAUGCUCUAUUUCCGUCGUUACAAGUUCAUACUCAUUGGCGGAUUAUGUAUCCGAUUGGUUGGAUGCGGCUUGAUGAUCCACUCUCGCGGCGCCAAUGCAUCAACGGCUGAGAUUGUCUGGACACAAAUCCUUCAGGGUCUCGGAGGCGGAUUCGCAGCAGUUGCAGGCCAAGUUGGUGCCCAAGCUAGCGUUCCGCACGUAGACGUAGCAAUGGUCACAGCUGUAGUAUUGCUUUGGACUGAAAUCGGCGGUGGAGUUGGGAAUGCCAUUGCCGGUGCGAUUUGGUCUACUACAAUGCCCGAUAACCUCACCAAAUACCUUCCGGACGUCCCCGCUGAACAACGAAACGAGUUAUUCGGAUCCAUCACAGACGUACUCACGUACCCACGAGGAUCUGAAAUUCGCGAAGGUGUCAUCUCAGCUUACGACGCAACGAUGAAAGACAUGGUCAUCGCCGCGACAGUGAUAGCAGCCAUACCAAUUUUGCUCGCGCUCGGGAUGCCGAAUUGGUACCUAGGGAAUAAACAGAACGCUGUGGAUGAUGAGGAAGUUGGGCCGGAGGUACAUAAUCGUUGAUGUCGGAGCUGACAAGGCGGUUUAUGCAUUAUGUGGGUUAUGGGGGUGAGAGCUGCGUUUACAAGGGUGAAUGAGUUCUAUAACCUACACAUCGGCCAAGUGAUCGGAAUCGGCAAUAUAAGACAAGGUGAUGCUUCUUGUUAAGCGUAAAUUUUUGUAUUUUACGUCUGUUCUUAUACCUUAGAGUCGAAUUGACGAUUUCACUCCAUGCUGAACAGAUGAACUCGAUUCAACGCAAGACGUAUAUUUCUUUAUAUGAAUUAUUGAAACCUGCUGUCAAGAUUUCAGUAGCCUACUCUAUGGAUCUAUGACCACAUACUUACAUUGUGUUAGUCAGGCUUACAGUCAUUCAGUAUUUCAGAAGAGAGUGUUGUUUUUUUCCACACUACAGCUGAGCAAGGAGUCGAAACUACACAGUAUGACAUCAUCAUUAUUACUAAAUCAGGCUUGCCUGACUUGAUCGCCCAUGCUCAUAUCUCUCACCAGCUUUGUCUGACUUUAGUCUUUAGAUACACCCCGCUGCCAACGUAGUGGUGUUUGCAGUAAAUGCAGUAAAGUAACUUUAUGAGGCAUGUAAGAAGCAGCAGGAAUGUCACAGUGCAGCGUCCGAACUUAUAUCGGAGAUAGCGGAAGUUCUGCCAUUCGUCGAACUUCCAAUGCACUGUCCAAAGGCUGGUAUAUCUGCACAGACGGUUGGAAGAAUGCUCGAACUUUUUGAAGAAAUUGCAAGGAUGAUAAUUCGGUACUCAGAUUCUACUGUGAUAGGAAUGUUGUUAAACAAUUGUAUCGAGGAAGUAAACCAUAAAAAAGAGGAGCUGAGACAUCUAAAGGAUACAUUCGACUGGUGUGUCAAGACAGAAACAUGGAAGACAGUUUUGAGGACUGAGUCAUAUGUAGGAGACACAACCCUCACGCACUUGCGGCCAGUUCCACAAGCAUUCUACAAACUCUAAAAUGCAUGCUUCGAAGGAUCGAGGAGAGAAACGCUCCAAGUGAUAGAAAACUGGUCGAAAUCUGAGUCAAAACUGUUCUGGCUCUAUGGAUCUGCAAAAUCUGGAAAGUCAGCGAUCGCACGCACGGCUGCUCGUCUCUUUGAUGCACAGAAUCGGCUUGCUGGAUGCUUCUUUUGCGAUGCAGACGACCACGAGCGCCGGUCUCCAGAGAGAAUCAUACCGACUAUCGCGUAUCAGCUAUCCAAAUGGCACAGAGAUUAUCGGUCCAUUGUUCUCGACAUUCUACAAAGCAGAGGUGAACUCGACCUUGAGUCGGGAUUGGAGCGUCGAUCUGACCUCCUGGUCAAACAACCGGUUGCUCAAUCUUCCGUUUGUCAC